GCCUAUUUCAGCGAUUGGUUUCAACAUGACUGGGAUUAAACUCUGUUCAGACUGGACGUAGACGUUUAGUAUCUGGCUCAAAAAGCGCACUUUUGUUUAUUUGUUUGGGUGUGAAAUUAAUUUACUUUAAAGAACGGCUUUAUUCCUUUUACGAUUAGCACCUUAUAGCUCUCUCCUAAAGCAUUUUCAGUGGCUGUUAUAAACGUGGAUUGUAAAACCAUAUUAGAAACAACUAUCCUCACGAGCAAAGUCUUUAUACACUUUUUUCUACAUUAUAAGUGUUAGAUCAGAGAAUAAUUAAACGAGAACCUGAAUUGGUUUUUAACUUUAUGAAUUUUUGUCACUUAUAUUUAUAAAAUCACACCAAAAAAAAGUAUCUGUUAUUUGUUCCUGCUGUUUUGUUAUCUUAUAUAAAUAUUAUCAUAUUUAUAGCUGGUUUUUUUGUUUGCUAUAUUGUGAUAAAAUUUGUAGCUAGUUUCAAACUAGCCAUGGUAUUUUAUUUUAAAAAUUGUUUUCUUUCCUAUAUAUGAGCAAUUGUUUAAAUGUAAACGAUGUCAUCAGAUGAUAAUUUGAUUGAUUUCAGCUCUGAUGAAUUGCUAAUACCAACUGCUUCACAGGUAUCCAUGUCAAUUCCAGAACUACAAGUAAAUACUCCAAUAAGUUUACCUUUUGACACCCCUAAAAUAGAAAAAUCUAAUAAAAGUUUUUUUGCAAUAACCCGUGAAGAAACUGCAAAUGAAAGUGUUCAAAAUGAUGGUUCAAGUGAGUUAUUUAAUACCCUUUCUGAAAUGCAUAUAUCUAAUUCAAAUUUAACAGCAAUCGAUGGUAUAUCUUAUAAUACAGACUUAGUUAAACAACUUGAUGAACAAAAUGACUUUGAAAAAGUAAAUGAACAUUUCUUUCCAGUAAAUCAUUUAGAAAACUCUUUUUCAACAUCAACUCCCGUACAUGUAACAGAUACAGGUUCAACUCUUAUAUUAGAUAAUAAUAAUUUUGUUUCUCCUUCUGUAUCUUCUACCUCUCAAAACAUUGUUAUGACAGCAUCACAUAGCUGUGCAGAACCACCAUCAAGAUUUAGAAUUGUUAAAAUUGCCAAAACAAAACCCUAUGACAAAGGUAAAUGGAUAAUUAAUGAUUAUACAGAUUUUCAGAAACAAAACAUUAACGAUUGUGAAAGUAGUGGGUCUAGUAUAGAGAAAAAAAAUGGAGAUAGUUAUAGUAGUGAUGAACAUAAAGAUAUUACAAAAACGGUCGCAUCACUUACACCUCGUAAAACUAUGUCUAAUGAGUUGAUUUCUAACAGCGUAUUUUCAAUAUCACGAGGAGGAAGUUGCUGCUCCAACUUUCUAGAAAAGAACUUAGUUGAAAGUGUAUCUAUUCACAAUCCUGGUCAAAGUACUCAUCAUGUUAUUCCUGUUGUUGAAGCUCUUGACACAGCAAUGGAUCAAAUCCAACAAAUUCGUGACGCCAUGAUACAUGCUGUCACUGACGAAAUGCGAACCUUACAAGAUAGUCUUGCCAACCUGCAACUCGAAUAUAACAAAUUAAAGGAAGAAAAUCUUGCAUUAAAGAUAAAACUGGCUUAUACAGAAGAGCGGUUAAGAGAACUAGAAAAAGGAUGAUUUUGAAGUAAAUCAUCUAUUGUUUCAUUAAUGGGUAAUGCAUGCAUCCAUGAGUUGUGUCAUUAUAGAUCUUCCUCUUAUUGCAAGUAGUUUUUAGGAUAUUAUUUGUUUGACGUAAGCUUAAAGGUGGAACAACAUCUACGAAUAGACUUCUAUGACUCUAUGCGCAUUUAAACUGGAAAUUUUCAUUGGUAUCCAAUCGUCUUUCAAAAUUAUUAGGUAUUUGUGAACUUUAGAUCGAACCUUACAUUAAAUGUAAAAAAGGUAUAAAAAAAAAAAAAUUGAUUCCGAAUUCAAAAA